AUGUUUUUAUAUCGUAUCUCUCUUCUCAAAUAUCAAGGCAAUGUGAUUCAAUAUCCGUCACCAGAGCUAAGUUAUUCCUCAAUUAUCAAGCCCUUUCUUUUAACUUUUCUGCUAAUUUCAUUAUCUAACUCUCUCUCAUUUGAUUCAUUAUCUAACACUCUCUCAUUUUAUUCAGUAUCUACCUCUCUAUCUCAUUUUAGUCAUUAUCUAAGUCUCUCUCAUUUUAUUUAUUAUCUACCUCUCUAUCUCAUUUUAUCAUUAUCUAACUCUUUCUCAUUGUAUUCAUUAUUUACGUCUCUAUCUCAUUUUAGUCAUUUUCUAACUCUGUCUCUCUCAUUUCAUUCGUUAUCUAACUUUCUCUCAUUUUAUUCAUUAUCUACCUCUCUAUCUCAUUUUAUUCAUUAUCUACCUCUCUAUCUCAUUUUAGUCAUUGUCUACCUCUCUAUCUCAUUUUAUUCAUUAUCUACCUCUAUCUCAUUUUAUCAUUUUCUAACUCUGUCUCUCUCAUUUCAUUCGUUAUUUAACUUUCUCUCAUUUUAUUCAUUAUCUACCUCUCUAUCUCAUUUUUGUCAUUAUCGACCUCCCUAUCUCAUUUUAUAUGUGAACAAACAAAAUUCAUCGUUUUCACUACUAAUUUUAUCUAUCUAUCUAUCUAUCUAUCUAUCUAUCUAUCUAUGUUCUACAUCUAUCUAUCUACGUCCGUUCUCUAUGUUUUUGGAUCUGAUGAAGCUUGGAAAAGCGAAAUGCAUAAUCAAAACUAAUUUCGAUGAAACGGAAUUCCAUUUGUCAUAUUUCUUCAAAAAUUAUUGGUAUUCUGUAUUCUAUCUAUCUAUCUAUCUAUCUAUCUAUCUAUCUAUCUAUCUAUCCCUGUCUGUUUUCUAUCUAUCUAUCUAUCUAUCUAUCUAUCUAUCUAUCCCUGUCUGUUUUCUAUCUAUCUAUCUAUCUAUCUAUCUAUCUAUCUAUCUAUCUAUCAGAGUGAAUGCAUAUUUAGACCGGUCAUUGUCUUACGAAAACCUAUUUUACGAACCUGUUAUACUAGAUCCAGUAAAGCAGCUCUGA